AUGCGUAAGCAGGGUCACUGGUGCUGCGAUUCCCAUACAGCUCUGACACUGCAGUGGGGCACUGGAUCCUGCACCAGGAUGGGCAACCUUGGGAAUGGGUGGAUGUCUCACAGGCUCCUACUGUGCUGUGCCUUCUGGGGACUCCGAGUGGCCUGUCAGGACUACGAUGAUUACUCUCAGAACAGCACCAACGACCAGGACAAGACUCCAGAGACCACCCCGUGUCCCCGAGCCAUCCCUGGGGACAAGGCCACCGUGAACAACAUCACAUACCUGCUGAUCCCUGAGGCCACACGCUCCCAGCUGGGUAGCGCCCUCACUGUGCGCCUCAUCCCUGCCCUCUACACCCUCGUGUUCCUGGUGGGACUGCCCUCCAACGGGCUAGCCCUGUGCGUCCUGGCCACCAGGGCAGAGAGGCUCACCUCCACCGUGUUCCUGAUGAACCUGGCUGCUGCAGACCUGCUACUCGUGUUGGUGCUGCCCUUCAAGAUUUCCUACUAUUUCCUGGGGAAUGACUGGCCCUUCGGGGAAGGGCUGUGCCGGCUCACCACGGCCCUGUUCUACGGGAACAUGUAUUGCUCGGUGCUGCUGCUCACCUGCAUCAGCGUGGACCGCUACCUGGCUGUGGUCCAUCCCUUCUCUUCCCGUGCUUUCCGCACCCCUGCCUUCGCCGCCUGGACCUGUGUCACUGUCUGGUUCUGCUCGGUUGUGCUCACCCUGCCCCUGGCCCUGCAGCAGCAGUCCUACCCCCUGCUCGGGGCAGAUCUCACCCUCUGCCACGACAUCCUGCCCAGGCAUGAGGAUGACGGGUAUUAUUUCUACUACUUCGUGUGCCUGAUCGCCUGCGCCUUCCUGCUGCCGCUGCUGGUGGUGCUGUUCAGCUACUGCUCCGUGCUGCGCGUCCUCCUGCACGGGGGGAAGCGCUACUCCUACCCCAUGAAGCUCACGGCGUUGGUGGUGUUCACCCUCGUGGCCUUCUACACUCCCAGCAACGUUCUGCUCUUGGGUCACUACUCCAGCUACUGCUCCAGGCUGUACGGGAAGCUCUACAUCAGCUACAUGGUGAGCCUGGCCAUCAGCACCUGCAAUAGCUGUGCUGACCCCUUUGUCUACUACUAUGUGUCAGAAGACUUCAGGGAUAAGGUCAGGAAAAGGUUCUUCAGGAGCAGCAAGCAAAACAGCACUUCCCUGAAGACCUCCAAGUUCUCCAAGGAAACACUCCCCCGUUCCAAACACUCCCUGGUAUAAAGCCCCCAACCCAGCUCCUGCUCCCAGGGCACUCCCAACACACAGUGGGGAUAAAGAGGAAGACAACACUGGAAUUCCACAAGUUUCAUCCAGGAACCAAGUCCUUUUUCCUGUCUGCACAGCAAAGAGUGAAUAAACCUGGGCUGUGGGAUUCUUUGUGGUGUGAGAUGCUUAGUGCUGAACUCAUACAUCAACUACUGGGACACUGCAACUUCUCACCUGGUCAGGUAUCACCAGGGAUACUCUUGCUGAUACACCCAGGGCUGCUUUUUCUGACCCUGCCAGCUGAUUGCUCUCUGCCUUCUAGCUCUGCUCCUGCUCCUUAAACACAUCUUCCCUUCACCUAAAACUGAAAAAGACCAGGCAUUGCAAAACCAAAUUUCUAAAUUUCAAAAGAUUCAAAAGUUUCAAAAGAUACUCUCCUGGACUGAAACAGUCAAGAGAAUGGUUUUUCUAGGAAAGACAUUAUUGGCUUGAUUCAUAAGCAACCCCACAGUAAUGUCAGCUCAUUGUUGGUAAAAAGCGUAGAAAUCCCAUUCACUCAUCCCUGUUUUUGCAAAUGACCCUUGACAUCCGUCAUUUCUUUGGGGCAAAGAUUGUAUUAAUAGAUUUUUUAAAAAAAUUAUGUCUCUUGAAGGGCAAUAUUAAAGUAGGGAUUGAGCAAGCUCUUGCUCUAGGACUCCAUACUUCUUUUGUGUAAUGUCACCCACAACCAAAAGCUGAAAGAGAUGCUCAGGCUUGUUGCUUAUUGGAAUCUGUUGCAAAUUCACCAUAUUUAUCAAACUGCAGCAGGUUCAUCUCUCAGACACAACUGGGGCAUAGGUCCAGUAAGAAGCAAGGUAGAAAAUGAACAAUAGCCCUCCUUAAAGUUCCUGAAUUUUUUUGUUUUCCUGUUACAGACUUGACGGCGUGAAUAAAAAGAGGCAGACAAGA